UCUCUCACUGAAGGGUGGGGCUCUUUUGAGAACUGCCUCCAGCGGUUGGACAAGCACAGUUUUGUCUAGUAAACUCUUGUUAACGCUUUACCCAGCAUCUGUCUGCUCGGAGAACAGGUUCAUCUAUCAAAAAUAGAUAUUGCACUUGGUUUAAGAAUAUCUCCGAUGAUGAUAUGUUUCUGCUAAGCAUUGGCGUGGCGCGUGAAAGUUGAUGGUGGGCUGCCUCUCAAAGUUCUCUUAAGUUGUUCAAACAGGAGAAGAGAUAUAAAGUUUCUUCAACGAGACGAGCUUCAAUGAAAUAAUGAUUUUGUUCAUCAGCAGUCGGUGGUGGAGAUGGACAUUCCAGAAAGCUCUCACAGUUUUCCUGCUGCAGAUCUUCUUUUUGACUACAGUAGCACAGAGUUGCCAGAGUAGCGUCAGCUGCAAUGUGGUGCUCACCGACUCCCAGGGCUCUUUUACCUCCCCCUGCUACCCCAAUGACUACCCACCCAGUCAGGCCUGCAAGUGGACCAUACAGGCUCCGGCCGGCUUUAUAGUGCAGAUCACCUUCCUAGAUUUUGAGCUCGAGGAAGCACACGGCUGCAUCUAUGACCGCGUCGUCAUCAGCACUGGCACGAGUGAUGCCAAAUUUUGCAGCUCAACAUCCAAUGGACUAACUCUCAACUCCAGUGGGAAUGUGAUGGAGGUUUCCUUUAACUCAGACUUUAGUGUCCAAAAGAAAGGCUUCCAUAUCAGUUACAAGCAAGUAGCACAGAGUUGCCAGAGUAGCGUCAGCUGCAAUGUGGUGCUCACCGACUCCCAGGGCUCUUUUACCUCCCCCUGCUACCCCAAUGACUACCCACCCAGUCAGGCCUGCAAGUGGACCAUACAGGCUCCGGCCGGCUUUAUAGUGCAGAUCACCUUCCUAGAUUUUGAGCUCGAGGAAGCACACGGCUGCAUCUAUGACCGCGUUGUCAUCAGCACUGGCGCGAGUGAUGCCAAAAUUUGCAGCUCAACACCCAAUGGACUAACUCUCAACUCCAGUGGGAAUGUGAUGGAGGUUUCCUUUAACUCAGACUUUAGUGUCCAAAAGAAAGGCUUCCAUAUCAGUUACAAGCAAGUAGCACAGAGUUGCCAGAGUAGCGUCAGCUGCAAUGUGGUGCUCACCGACUCCCAGGGCUCUUUUACCUCCCCCUGCUACCCCAAUGACUACCCACCCAGUCAGGCCUGCAAGUGGACCAUACAGGCUCCGGCCGGCUUUAUAGUGCAGAUCACCUUCCUAGAUUUUGAGCUCGAGGAAGCACACGGCUGCAUCUAUGACCGCGUCGUCAUCAGCACUGGCACGAGUGAUGCCAAAUUUUGCAGCUCAACAUCCAAUGGACUAACUCUCAACUCCAGUGGGAAUGUGAUGGAGGUUUCCUUUAACUCAGACUUUAGUGUCCAAAAGAAAGGCUUCCAUAUCAGUUACAAGCAAGUGGCAGUGGCACUGAGGAGCCAGAAGGUCACAAUGCCAAAGAGCAGCAAGAAUAUAGCGAGAGUGUCCAAUUCAAUCUCCAUUCCUGCUCUCACUGCGUUCACUGUGUGUUUUGAGAUCGCCCGCACUGCCCAGAAGAGCACAGAGACCAUCUUUACCUUGUCUGAUGCUGCUGGGACAUCCAUUUUGGCAUUUGAAAAAACAAGGAGAGGCAUGGAGCUGUUCAUAUGUGGUUCCUACUGUUCUGUAAACAACAUACUGACUAGCUCAGAUAUCACAUCCAGCAUGACGCCCAUCUGCCUCACCUGGGCCAAGUCUACUGGCCGUGUGGCAGUGUACUUUGGAGGCCGCUAUCAAUUCAACACCUGCUCAACCUCUCAGCUUUACACCCUGCAGGGUGGGGAUAUCCUCCAGCUUGCAGGAAAAGGAUCAAGCUCAGUCAGUGUGGAUGAUCAGAAUUUGGAUGGCUUCAUUUAUAAUUUCCGAUUGUGGGAUUACGCCAUGCUCUCCUCUGAGCUGUCUGCCCUCACCUGUGAUGUUGUGGGUAAUGUCAUUGACUGGGAUCAUCGCUUCUGGACUAUCCCGGGCAGUUACACACAGACUGACAGCACACUCAGCUGCAGCACUGCCAUAGCAACUCUUUCCCCGGAAACCCUAGGUUGUGCCUCCCCCGGACUUGGCUGCCCAGCAACAUUAACUGUUACCACCGCAUCCAUUGCCACCACUAACAUGAUUCCUACUAAUGCAACAACCCACGCUAUUACUACUACUCUUUCAUACACAACUACUUCUAGCAUGCCUCUAACCACAGCUUCUGUUCUAUUCACACCCACCACUAGUACUAAAACAACAACUACAACUACUGUACCAACUACAUCACCUUUAAUCCAAUCUAACCCACUACUCAUCAACCCUGCUGCUGCUACUAACUCACCUCUGUCCAACAGCAAAACCAAUGCUUAAUCAAACGUUUCAGAACUGGAUCUACAGAGUUUAUGUUAAUGGUGUCAGUCUCCAACCUGACACUGUUCUCUCAAGGGCCACAAAAAUUCGACAAACCUACAUGGCCCUGCUGGUGUAUAAGAAUACCACUGAUGCAAGUCGGACCUUGGCAGAGAUUGAGAACAGGCUGAGAAAUGCCCCUGUAAUUGGAAAUGGCUUAACAUUGGACAUUGUGUUCGUGAAUUUAAUGGGUAUGGCAUGAUCCAUAGUGUUGAAUAAUACAGUAGCCCUGCAGGUUAUGACUAAGCAUUUGCAUAUUUAUGGAGUCAAAAUAAUGCCGCAUAUAUACGCAAAAAAAUAAAGUUUUGCAAAAGAAAAUUAAAGUAUUGAGGAAAAUAAUGUGCUUUUUGCAAACAAAAAUAAAGAAUUGCAAAACAUAAAAGAAACAGCGUGAAAAGCAAUGAUUUUGCAAUACAUAUUUUCCAUGGUCAUAUCUAUUCAUUUAUUUGCAACGCUGCUUUUAUUUUGCGUGUCAGUCUAGUUUGAGCUUGCGAUGCCGUUUUCCCUUUGCGCUUCGUUUUUCUGCGCGUCUCGCUUUGUGGCACUGUUUUGAUGUGGGGGUGGAGUCAAGGGAAGGGGGCGUGUACAAGAUGUCUCCCUGGAAGUGACGUCAUCGGCCCGAGACGCAGCUCACUGAUCCAGGUACUGUCAUGAUCAUAGACUAUUAUAAUAAACACUAGACGCCCCACGUACGUCAACGGCGCUGCCAUGUUGUGCUGGGCAACGUUCCCAUAACACAACUGAAAUUGAGAAAAAUGCCUGCUUCGUGUGCUGCUUGGGGCUGUACAAAUCGCUGCACAAUUGAAAACCGGUCUCGGGGAAUAACCUUGCACAGGUAAGACUGAACAUUUGUUUCUGGUUGUAUUUGGUCAUUAUAUAAUUGAUAGUAGCUGGCCACCGGAGUCAGUCAGACUAAAAUAGCUAGCGAUGUCACUAGUUAGCUGUGAAAGUUGAGACGUGAGUUUACAUGAUUUCUAAUAUAGUUUUAGCUUAUGUUAAUUUAUAAACUAAAGUUUAAAUAUGCAUCUGUAUUUUAUUAAAACCGACUUUUAUGACAAGUACUCGUUACGGCUAGGUGACUGAUAUUUUGUUAAUCUGUAAUGUUAGUUAGUUGGCUAGCUUUUCACACAUUUAAGGUUUCACAAAGACAACGAGUUGAGGAGACAGUGGGAAGUAGCUAGAAGGGAAGUUUCCCGACUCAUCUACAUUAUUUAAAAGUUUGCCAUUAAAUGGUGAUUUGUUUAUAUAUUUAUUUCUUUUUCAGUCCAUUGCAACCAGGGCUACACAAGCCUCAAGCUGAGGAGUGUCUGUCAGUGGACUGUUCUCACCAUUUCCAAGAGACUGAUGGAAAAUAUAUAGCCUUUUGUUGUUAUUAUUAUUAUUAUUAUACCAAUACUAUA